AUGGUCAGCUAUUGUCCGGUCUGCGGGAAGCCGGUCUACUUCGGUGAGAAGAGGCGGUCUUUGGGGCGGGACUAUCACCCUUUAUGUCUCAAGUGUCAGACCUGCAAACGUCAGCUAACAGCUGGCCAGCAUGCUGAGCAUGAUGAGAAGCCAUAUUGUACAAACUGCUACAUGCUUCACUUUGGUCCAAAGAUGACAAGACCAGUACAAUCCUGGCAGAGGAACCAGAGGAACCAGACUUAAACACGAUGACAAACAUCCGGGAUUUGGUCAGAGCGCCUCAGUGAUCAACAAACCAAACAGGAGCCCUACAGACAGUGGGAACCAUUCAUAUCAUAUUUAAACCCUGUAUUGCGAUACUGUUAUUUAUUUGGUUAGAAAAUGACCCACAAUGCAACGAUAUACAUUAAAUAUCGUUAUUAUUCGGGGUUGUAUGAAAUCUAUGAACUCUAUGACCUUUGUUAAUUUAAAACAUUUCUAUUGUGCGUCUCUGUCAUUUAGUUUUCGCAUUGCACCUUGUGUUGUUUAAGAGGUAAAAAAAAUAGCAACACACCUCAACGCAGAGUGAGGAUUAAAAUGUUUAUGUUGUUGAAUAGUGUAUUGAAUGUACAUGCAUUCACACAAACGUGCAUCCAUGUGUGUGCAAAAAAAAGUUGAAUAUUGAAGAUAUCCUUAAUGCAUGUUCAUAUGGUAUAUAAAGGAUUUCAAUAAAGUUUUGGAUUUGUC